AUAAAACAAAUUUUUUAUGUAAAAAAAAGAUUUAACAGAAAAAGAUAAUUUUAAUUUCAAUAUUAAAAAAAACUUAAAAAUGAUUAAUUAGUAUUUUCGCGCGAAUUUACUUUCCACAUGGGUGGUUCAUUUGUGUGCUGUGUGGUACAUAAAAUCGGCGGGAGAAUGACGUGAGCAUAUUUAUUACCGUAUUUUUUGUUUUUUUCCUGAGAAAAUUAACCAGCUCUUAACGAGACGAAAAAAUUCUGUAGACGUCAAGUUAUAUUGGUUAAGUUAGAAGACUAUCCACACUUUAUUUUUAUUAUUACUCAUUAGUUAAUUAUAAGAAUCAUGUCAGAAAUUGGACCAAGUACUCCAGAUCGUAUAGUUCUUGGAGAAUUAAUUAAUAGUACAAAGUUAGAGCCAAUUUCACCAACAGCUAACUUACGUUUACUUACUUCAUUAGCAUCUAAUCUAAAAAGUGUCUCUCGAUCUGAUCGAGAAAGUCAAAACAAAAUUCAAGUCAAUCAAUGUUCUCCAAUCGCAUCUGGAUCUGUUGAUUCAAAAACAGGCUCUAGAAAACAAAAAUCUUUAAAAUUAAUAUGUGAAAAUUUUUUAGGCUUCUAUCGCUUGGAUGUUAAAAAUGAUGUGGUGCAGGAAAUUCAUUUAGACAGUACUGCUAAAUCUCUAGGAACAGAGAAGCGAAGAAUUUAUGACAUAAUUAAUAUUUUGGAAAGUUUAGACAUGGCUUCAAAAGCCGGUAAAAAUCGGUAUCUCUGGCAUGGGCAAAAUAAUUUGACAUCAACACUUGCAACUCUGAAGUCAAGAGCAAUCAAUUUAGGACUGAAAAAACGUAUACAAGAUAUCCAAAAAACUGAUAGAUCAUAUAUUGAAGAAAAUGAUGACAAUAUUUAUUGUAAUAAUGAAUCAAUUACAUUAUGUGAAGAAUUAGCUGAUGAAAAAAGCUAUGAUAAUGAGACUGCAAUAAAGGAAGAUAAAAGUUUGGGAGCAAUGUGUCGAAAAUUUAUCAUGUUAUUUCUUGUGUCUAUGAAGAAUGGUGUCAUUAAUUUAGACAUAGCAGAAAAAGUACUGAUUUCGGAAUUGGACACUCCAGAAAAACUGAAUACUGUAUCUAGAUCUCACAGAACCAAAGUUCGACGAUUAUAUGAUAUUGCUAAUGUUUUAACAGCUAUCGGACUCAUUAAAAAAGUGUCAUUACCUGACAGAAAUUUGAAAAAACCUAUUUUUAAAUAUACAGGACCAGAAAUUGAAUCUACAAAUUCCAGUCAAAACACUCCAAUUCACCAAAUUUAUGACUCGCCAAUUAAAAUGACCACUCCAAAAAAACAUAUCACACCACUUUCGGAACAGAUGCAUAUUAAUUCUUUAAUUAAUUCGGAUUUUAAAAAUUUAUCAAAUAUCUCACAUUCUGUUCCAUCUACUGGGUAUUCCCAAAAUACUGUUCCACGCACUCCAUUAACAGACGGACGAAGAUAUAGGAAAAGGAAAUUAUUUGAGUCAGAUACAUCAUUCCCAAAGAUUCGUAGUCUUCCAAAUUUAGAUAGAACUCGUUUGACUGAAGGUUUAGAUGAUUCAUUAUGUCGUGUAGUAGAAAUGGAAUAUGAAAAAAUGAAUUCCAACAAUGAAUUACAAGAGCCGAAACCAAAAGCAUGUACGAAAUUAUUUCCAAAAUUUAAUUCUGAUUCAUGUCUAAAAAUUACAAACAGAAAAACUGUAAAACCUAUUCAAGUGAGUGGAGAAAUGCGUUCUUUAAAUCAUAUCAUUUCAAUUUCUGACAAAGGCAAUGCAACAACUAUUACUUUUGAAAACUCUCCUCCAAUGUCACAGACUCCAAUUAAAAAUAAAACGAUGCAGCCUAUUUCACUGGCUGCUAUCAUUAUAGCCAAUGCUAAUCAAAUAUUAAUUCCGCAUAAUACAUCUAAUAUUAAAAAGAAUCAUGAAAAAGUAUGCAAUAAUAAAAAUCAGACUGAAGUAAAAUCUGUGAAGACCAUAAAAAUACCUGCGUCCACAGCAAAGCCUCAGCAAGUGGCAAUAGAAAAAACAAGUAAUUCAGACACGAACUAUGUGAAGGUGCCUGUGGGACAAGCAUCAAAGCUAUCACCAGGAGAUAUUCUAGAAGUAGUUCAGGCUGGAGAAACUUUGCAGUUAGUAACAAUAAAGACCAGUAAUAGUUUCAAGAAUCGUUAAAAAACUAACUUAUAACUUUAUAUAUUUUUUUCUUAUUAAAUAUUAAUCAUUAAUUGAAAGUUUUAGUAUAGUCAGUCUUAAUGCUAUCAGAAAACAUUUUAAUUUCAAUUACAACAAAAUUAUCGAAAUAAUUAAUCUAUUUUUUUUAUGAUCGUUCACAACUGAUUGUCACGAUUAAUCAAUUUAAUGUAAAUAAUGGAAAAUAUAUUGAAGAGUAUAUUGAUUACAGAUAUUUACGUUUGAAUAAUAAUGUUGAUUAUAUGAUAAUUAUACUUUUGUAUAACUUACAAAUUGUAU